UGUUCGUACGUGAAAGCAUUUUCUUUAGUGAUGGGUUUGUCGACUCGCUUGUGACAGGUCUUUUACCCUAUUGGCUUGAGAUACCAAUAAAUGAAGAUGCUGGUAAAACUUCAUAUAUAUUUGAUGAUUUUCCAAGCACAGAAGCACAAAAACCGUUCCGGGAAGAUCACCGAGCACAAAAUACUUGUUACGAGAUGGAAGAUGAACGAAAAUGGGAGGAAUUAGAGGUUGACUGUUUGAUGAAUAUAUUUGGUAGAGUGGGAAUGGAGUCAUUGCUUUUGGAUGUCCCUUUCGUAUGCAAGUCAUGGUACAAAGCAACCCUCGACCCCUCAUGCUGGCAAUAUCUCACAUUUCCUGAUCUUACUGUUGAUCGUUAUCUUGACUUUGAUGAAGACGGAUAUUGGUGUACCCUUAUUAAAAGAUUUGUAGAUGAGUAUCGACUUGAUGAGAGCCGUUUCUCGGUGACUGCAUUUGUUAAGUUUAUAAUCAGUCGUAGCAAAGGAAAGGCUAUUUAUCUCAGGCUAUCUCCAUGUGCUUCAGAAGAUGUCUUGAAAAAUGCUGCAGAUGAGUGUCCUGCCUUAAAGCUUCUUUCAUUGCCCAGCCGUUUAGUGAACCGUAAUGCAAGCAUAAUUCAAGAAAUAAUUGGAAAGUGGACAAAUUUGGAGUACUUGGUAUUGGGAAGCAGCUAUAAUUUGGAAAACUUCCUUGGACAGAUCUCCAUUCACUGCAAGAACUUGUGUCUUUUGAGUGUGGCUAAUGCAGAUAUUGGUAAAGAUGAAGCAAUGGCAAUUGUUAACUUGCUGCCUAAGCUUAAGCAAUUGAUCUUGAAGAAAGCAAAUAUUGAUCGGGAUGAUCUUGUGACGCUACUGCAGGGCUGCAACGAGCUUGUGCUUUUGGAUGUCAGCAAUUGUAUAGGUUUUGAUGAGGAAGAUGAAGAAAUAGCAAAGCUUGCUUCUCAUAUUGCUAAUUUCAGCUCUCAGGGUUCUACACUAUAUGAUGAUGAUGAUUACUAUGAGGGACAUAUUUCCUGGGAUGAAGAUAUUUAUGGAUACGGUUCCGAUUGGUAACGCAAUUAAACUCCUAGAUAGGUCUCCAACUGAAUAAAUAUUGUUUUAAUACAAUUGCUGAAGACCUUUAAACAUGAACUGGUAUCUAUAUUUGUGUAUCAAUGAAUGUACUUAACUGCUCUGGCAUUUCUUGAGCCAGCAAUGUGCUUACCUAUAUUGUAUUAUGCAAUUCCUGCUUUUGGUAUUCUGGAAUUUUAUAUGGUCACUGUUGAAAAAGAUGAGAAGUUUCAGGAAA